AACGACUAUGCACUGUCAACGCUAAUAACUGUCGAGCUAGGUUUUAGUUUAACUCGGCAAGUAGCCAUGGAGGAAAAUGGCAACCUUACAGCGAUAGGAAAUGGUAGUGUUCUUCCACCGGGUGUUACCGAUGGACAGGUCGCUACCAUACCCGUUACCCAGGAUACUAUGGUAACGUUACGUCAGAACCGGAAGGGAUGUUAUUUCACGCGCGUGCAAGUCGCAAUUUUUACCGUGGCAUUUGCUUUAUCAAUUAUUUUGGUAGUGCUUCUUUUGACUUUUGUGAGGAAAGAACAAAUAAUUCAUGUUUCGUCACCUGGAGCGUUGCAAACCUGCAAUCAGGAAAUUAAUUACACAACUUCCAGCAUAUCCGUGGAGUCGGACAGUGUUCAAAAUGAAACAAGUUCUGUUUCAGCUGAGAACUUAACUCGAGUUGAAAAUGCGACUGAUAAUACGACGAUUCCGGAAAAAGUAAAUAUAACUGAAGUUAUGGUUCCGGUGAGAAAAGAAAGACCUUGGGACAAAAUCCGAUUACCACGUGAUAUACUUCCGGAAAGAUAUGACAUAUUUCUCAGGAUUGAUUUAGAUAAUAGAACUUUUAAAGGGAAUGUCAAUAUAACGGUAAAAACGUCGGCUCCAAAGAAAGUGUUGCUGUUGCAUAUAAAUAUUUUGUGGAUUGUGAAAGAUUCUGUGAAAGUGAGAUCCCUGGAUGGCAGUAAAAUGUAUAAAAUUAAGUUACAAUUCCAGGUAUGGAAAACGCAAUUCUGGGUAAUAAUUCUCGAAGAAGAACUUAAAUUAAGCGGAUAUUACGUCAUUGAAAUCGGAACCUUUAAAGGAACAAUGUAUACGGAUUUAAGGGGACUUUAUCUCAGUUCGUACGAAUCAUCAACCGGCACAAGAUACUUGGCAGCCACACAGCUACAGUCCACCGACGCUCGUAAAGUGUUCCCUUGUUUUGACGAACCCGAUAUGAAAGCCACUUUCAAACUAACCAUACAACACGAGGAAGGUUACACUGCCCUUAGCAACAUGCCAGUGGAGUCGGAACAAUACCUUUCGACAGAACCGGGAUGGCUGCGAGUAAACUUCCAUGAAACUCCGAUUAUGUCGACCUAUUUACUGGCUAUUGUGGUGUCCGACUUCGUGUACAAAGAGGCCAUCCUUGAUGGGAAUUAUCAGUUACGGAUCUGGUCCCAGCCGAACAAGAUAAACCAGACGCUUUAUGCUCUCGAUAUUGGAAUACAGCUGUACGAUUACUUUACCAACUACUUCCAGAUCACAGACGUCGUACCGAAGGCCGAUCAUGUAGCCGUGCCUGAUUUUAGCGGAGGUGCUAUGGAGAACUGGGGUCUCGUGAUUUAUCGUGAGACUGCCCUUUUGUUUGACCCGGAUGUCUCUUCUAGUGAGAAUCAGUUGAUGGUUACAUUGAUCAUUGCACAUGAGAUCGCACACACGUGGUUCGGUAACAUGGUAACCAUGAGGUGGUGGGAUGAUCUCUGGUUGAAUGAAGGAUUCGCGAGUCUGCUGAUGUACUUCGCCAUGGAUCACGUGUUUCCGGAAUGGGAAGUGUUUACUCUGCAUGUAGUUGUGAAGGAAGUGUUUCCAGUCAUGGUUCGGGAUGCUCUUACUACGUCACAUCCUGUUUCAACACCUAUUCUUACACCUGAUGAUAUCACACAAUCAUUUGAUGCCAUUUCCUAUAGUAAGGGAAUGGCGGUCUUAAGAAUGUUGCUGGGCUUUGUUGGAUGGGAAGAGUUCAGAACCGGUUUACAGGUGUAUGUAACAAGGUACAAAUUCAAGAAUGCCGUUAUGGAACAGCUGUGGCAGACAUUCUCCGAGGCUGUUGAGAACAAAUUCGUGAUAGGCGAGAUUAUGGAUACGUGGACACGACAAAUGGGGUAUCCCGUGGUGACCCUCAGAUCUGACGGCGAUCAUUAUAUUCUUGACCAGGACCGUUUCCUUCUCGAUGGCAACUCCAGCAUGGGCGAUCCAAGUCCAUAUGAGUACAAAUGGCAUAUUCCGUUUACUUACGUAACUGAAGCGGAACCAGAUAUUAACAACCGGAAGAUAGUAUGGUUGAACAUGGAUUCAGCGCGGAUACCGAAAGGUGAAAAUCAGUGGAUUCUGGGUAACGUGGAUUACAUUGGUUUCUAUCGGGUUAAUUACGAGCUCAGCAUGUGGCGAUCUCUGGCUGAACAACUUAACGAAGAUCACACGGUUUUUGCUGAAGCAAACAGAGCGGGGUUGAUCGGUGAUGCCUUCAACUUAGCAAGGGCCAAGCUACUGGAUUAUGACGUGGCAUUCAAUAUGACGACAUAUCUAAAUAAGGAGGAGCGUUACGUCCCUUGGGAGGCUAUGCUUGAGUCUAUCAGGUUCAUCAAAGGCAUGCUAUCAAAGCAGGGAGCGUACAUACUUUUACGUCAAUACUUGCAUGACCUUGUGGCCCCGGUAUAUGACAAGGUCGGGACGUCACCAGGCGGAAUCUUGCCUGAGAAGUACCUCCGAGAGGUCAUACUAACUACAGCCUGUGACGUAGGUGUCACCAAGGCUAUAGACUACGCCAAGGAGAAGUUCCGGCAGUGGAAGGAAGAUGGAGUUCAACCUCCGUCUCACUUCUCCCUGACGAUCUACUCGGUGGGUGUACGGGAGGGUAGUGUUGAAGAAUGGGAUCAUGUUUGGAAUCGUUCACAGGUCUCGAACGUCGCAGCGGAACGGCAAAUGCUUAUGGAGGCGCUUGCGCAGACGCAAAAGCCUUGGCUGCUAUGGAGAUAUGCAAAUUGGAUUUUUGACGAGACAAAAAUAAAGCGACAAGACGUACGAUUGGUUGUGAGCUACUUCGCCAAGAACCCGCUGGGACGUAUGAUUGCACUUCAUCUUCUUAUGAAUAAAUGGGAACAGCUCAAUGAACAAUUCGGAGCGGAUGGUUUUCUUUUAAGAGAAACAAUUGCGGAAGUGACUCAAUUUGUCAACACGGAAUUCGAAUUGGACCAGCUGGCGACGUUAUUCAGCGCAAAGAUGCCUGCAGUAGCAUUUAGAGAAACGAGGAACUCGUUAGAGUUGAUAAGAGGAAACAUCAAAUGGAUGAAGGCAAACUACCAGACAAUAUCGGAUUGGCUGCGUCUUCACGUGGUCGGAAUGCUAUAAAUAACACACAUAGGUAUAUAAUCAUAUUUAAAUUUAUUUUUAUUAUAUAAUUAAAAGUCACAAAACAGAAACAAUUGUACAUAAUAUAAUGUUGUAUAUUUUGUUUAUUACAGAUAAGU